AUGUCCCCAACGAUUGGCUUUCAAGAUUUACCGAUCGAAGUUUUGCCUCUGGUUCUCGAGCGUUUGGUCGGUCGCCGCUCGGAUUUGCGCCAUGCGACGCUCGUUUGUCGGCAAUGGCGAGCACCGGCCGAGCGGCUGCAGUACUCGUGGAUCAGGUUAUGGGGAAGAGAUCUGGUCAGAACUACAAGUUCAAAUGCUCUCCUCUUCAAGUGCUUCUCUAACACUUUGCGUCACCCCGCAGGCGAUCGUCCCACUCGUGUUCCGCACGCUAGCCGAUAACCCCCACUUGUGCCACAUGAUCCGCAAGUUCGAGGUCCGAGUCUUUUCCUUGUCGCUCAUCCUCUCGGAACGACUCGAGAUGGAACAUUUGGCCGUCAAAGUGCUGCGGCAAGCGAUUAGGCUCGAGCAUCUCAUCUGGACCCGAAAAGGGGCUUUGACGGAUCGGUCAGUUCUUACUUCUCCCCCCACUCAGCUCGGCACCUGGGACUCCGUUCGACCUGGCCUCUUUGAUCUCCUCCAACAGAGUAUUUGAAGCCAUCACCUCGAUCAGCACUCUUCGCUCGUUCGAACUUAACGCGCACACAAACCUCUCGCCCGGAUCAUGGGAUGCCGACCACCUGCUCCGACUGCCGAAACUGCGCACACUGUCUCUCAUCCUCCCCGAUCGAUCGAUCGCUCACAUACUACCCGCCUUUUUACAAACACAACGAACCCUUUCCAAAAAAGUUGACUCCAACUCUGAAGGCUGGCUUGAAUUGCAAGAAUUGUCGAUCCUCUGUCGCGAGUCGCCCAAUAUCAACGACUCGGUCGUUUCGUCUUGUUCUCCUUUCCUACAAGGCUCGGCUCUCAAGUCCCUCGCUUUGGCAGGGUGUUCGCGGCUUACGGGAGCGACACUUCUCCCACUACUCGCGACCCUUCCCUUCCUCGAGCACUUGGCUCUCGAAGCGACGUCGAUCCCACCAUCCUUCUACAUCGAAGCGGCACCCCUACUCACCCACCUAAAAUCGCUCAAGCUAACCCACCCCGGCCCCAAGCACCCGACCUCGACCCAAUUCUCUCCCUCUCUAUGCCACCUCCUCCAAUAUCUCCCUGACCUCCGCUCCUUCACGCUCUAUCAUUCCGGUACUUCCGCUUUGGGUGGAUGGAAAUGGCCCAUUGUGGAGCCGAGUUUGAUGGAUGCGAUUGUGGAGAAGAAGAGGUUGGAAAAGUUCGAGUGUUCCGGGGUGUUGGUGCAGGUGGAAGAGGUGGAGAGGUUGUGUAUGGUACAGGGUCUGAAGGAUCUGGUGAUUCAUUUGGAGUGGGAAUUACAUUUGGUCAGUUUGGGUUCGAUAGGCUCUCUGGCGAGUAUAUCGACUGACUUUGUUUUGGCUUCUUCGCCGACAGUCGCGUGUGACGAACGCCAUCUCGCAUCUUCCCCGACUCAAGACCUUGCACAUCCUCGCUCAAACUCCAGAGAUUACGAUGGAGCAGAUCGAAGCGAUCGCUGUGUGAGCCAGUUUUUCAAGGCCCCGGUUCCGAAGGCACAAAGCCAAUGCCUUAUAAAGUACUCAUCUCGCUGCAGGUCCAGUCCCUCGCUCGAACAAGUUGGGUUCCGGAAUCGCGUAUGGCACGUCCGAAGAAAACGGAUCAAAGCUGUAUCGAACGAGACCAAAGCUUCCGGGAAUGAACCGACCACGGAGGAUCAUAGGAUCAAGGUGAGUUUGGAGAGGUGGGAUUCGCCUUGGUGGCCUGAAGCGUUGUUCGUCGUGAGAACUUGAAAGGUGAAUGGGGUGGGUUCGAUGUGGUUUUUCUCGGCCCCUUCUCCACAGACCUUUCGAUUGUGGUCUUAGUCAGAUGGGAAAGGCCACUGAUCGAGACAAUUCCUGGACGGAAUCCCCACAGGUCUCACUCAGAGAAGGGACCGAAGCCUUCGGGGCAUUCAGGAGGAGUCGCUACGGUGCCGAAGACGAUAAUGAGCAGGAGACGCUGGACGACGAGUCAAGCUCCGAAAGUGAUGAGCAGUAG